AUGGCACGAAUAACGAGGAUGCGGAGACUCCAGUCUCUGCAAUUGUCGCUGCCGUCACAAUGCGCCGCAGGCAGACCUUCUUUCGCCGCUGCCCGCGCCAUCUCGACGACCAGCCCCUCGCAGGGCAAAAACACCGAAUGGAUCCGAGGAAAGCUCUGGAAGGGCGAGGCGCCCGGCCCAGCUGACCCCUACACGCAGCGCCUGGAGCCCGAGACGACUUCGAACCUGCCAGAGGAGGCGCUCGAGAGCCGGCCCCGACAGGACAAGACGCCCGCAGCCGUGCGAGACACCCGGCUGGCUCUGCCGUACAGGCGGAGCGAGGCCCCUACCGAGAAGGAACUGCAGGCAUCUGACCCUACGUAUGUGCCUGCUACGGAGGCGGAGGGCCUGGAGGAGAUUGGGCCGCUGAGCACGUGGUGGGAGCAGCCUGGGCACUGGGGAGAAGAGAGUGCUUUCAAGGGGUUUGGCAGCUCAGACAAGGUCGUGGAGAGGGAAGUCUUGGAGGUCUAUCUGCGACGAGCCGUUGUCGAAGCACUGGCACUACAACAGACGGGAGUCUUUUCAGAAUGGGCCACGAAGAAGUGGUCGGAGACGGGGUCUAGGAACGAGCUGGAGCAGGCACUGGCCCUGCAGAUCGAGGUGCAGGACGGCAAGGCUACUCUGAAGGGAGAUGCCUCAUCGGUUGUGAAGACUUUGACGAGUGAGUUGUCAGAGGCUGAGUCUGCAGAGAAAAUCUCUGUUGAAGAGGCAAAAGAAAUGAUCAAGUCGUGGGACCCCUCAUGGAAGAAUAUUGCGCUGGACAACUCAUUACGCUUUGCGCUCCGCAAGCGUCUCUACCAGCUCACCGGAACCCUCCUCCCAGACGCCAAACUCGCCGCUGCCAGCACCACAAAGCACAUCCUCACCCUCGCAUCCCGGGACCCCAAGCCACUGAAACUAGCCCAAAUGCUGGAGAAGCGCAAUGCCUUCAACGAGCUGACCAACGUCACCGUGCACGACCGAAGGAUUGGCGCCAUUGACAAGGAGGUCUCCGUGGGACGCUGGAAGGUGAUUGAGGAGGAGCUGAAGAAGCGCGAUCUGCCAGUGACGGGCUAUGGAAACGCGGGUAGGAACAAGGAGAGAGAUUGGCUGACGGGAAAG